UUAUUUCUCCCUCCACUCUUUAUUUCUCGUUUUCUCUCUCUACACUCCUUUCAGCACAGCACAACACAACACAAAACCCUUUCCCAAAAAAAUAAAAAAUAAAAAAUGGAGGAAUCCAAAUUCGGCCAAACCGACCAGCGAAAGCGAGUUCGCGACGAGUCGGACUCGGUCCUCAACUCGCCCGACUCGUUAAAGCAUCCCCGAGCCGAGUCUAACUUGUCCGAGUCUCUCCGAGUUGACUCGGACGAGUUUGAACUCGCGCGGCUCGACCCGGUUCUUCUCAACAUGCUGAAUGACGCGGAGAAUGUGGCGGAGCGUGAACCCACCGUGCUUGACUCUGUUAUUAAGAGUUUCGAAGAAGAAAUACUUUCUCCGGUUCCGAACCCGAACCUAGCAUCCGAGGCAGAUGUGUUUAAGCCGAACCUAGGGUACUUAUUGGAAGCAUCCGACGACGAGCUAGGGUUGCCGCCGACGGUGGCGCCAAGCGAGGAUGUGUUGAAACCCGAAACAGUUGAUUCGGAUCGUGUUGGACCAGAAGGAAUGGAUCUGACUGGGUUUUUGGGGUUUGAAGAUGAUAUUCGUAGCUACGAAGGUUUUGGGUUUGUGGGGUAUGAUGUGGGAGAUAACGGUGGUGGUUAUGUGACGAUAGAUGGGUUGUUUGACUAUGCGGAACCCGGUGCCGAUAUUUUGUGGCGGUCGGAGUCGUUGCAGGCUUUGUAGUUGGUUGGGAAGAUUAAUUAAUUAAUUAAUUAAUUAACGUUUUGGCUAAUGAAGGUGUAUAAAGAGCCACAGAUAACGUAGGUGGGUUAGAUGUGAAGUUAUUCUAAGAUUCUGAAAAUUUGUUGUUUCGGUUGGCCUUGACUGAAAACAUGUUCUUUAACCUCUUUAGCAAAAAUGUUGUUUAAAUGUGAAUCUGGGAAUCGUUAAAAUUAAAAUCCUUGGUAAAACUGGAGUAUGAUCUAUUUGAACCCAGGUUUUCAUUCUUGUUUGUGUUUCUCUUUCGUUUGUUUGGAUUGGAAUAAUUA